UCUACCUCCCACUUCCAUCACCUCCCACUUCCAUCACCUCCCACUUCCAUCACCUCCCAUUCCCGAAUGCUUGCGCGCUGAUCCUACAUCAUCCAAUUUGCAACGUUCUGGGCCGAUUGAAAUCUACCUUCACGAUGCGAAGCGGCAACUACAUCCAAGCUUUGGGCCGGCAGUCCUUCCAGCCCUCGCAGCCCGCGUCCACAUCCUCUCCCAAUGACGAGAUGCUUCCAUCCGAGCAAGCGAACGAACGGCAGCGCGAGCUGAUCAAGGCCCAAAAUGAUGUUCUCGCGACCGUGGGUGUAUGUCUCCGCGACAACAAGCAGCACUAUGACAAGACCGAGAACCGGAAGGCUGAGGACGAGGCGGGGUUGUGCGUCGAGGCACUGGACCUCACGGUCACCUACUUGGCAAUCUGGCCGUUGGUUGGGAUCAGGAAUAGACUGCAGACUUACAGAGUGUACGAAGGCAUGCGGUACCGCGACGUGUUACAGUUGGCGUGGACAAGGAGUACGUGGGAAGAGAUGUUCUCGGGAAUGCCCGCACAUCUCUUGUUCCAAAUGUCGAACCUCACCCGGGACUACCUUCGUACAAUGCUCAAGGUCUGGCUCGAGAAGAGGUCGUUCUUUCGCCAUCCGAUUACGCGCCGACCACGGCGCCGUGGUUGGUUGUAUGCAAUUGAGAAGUGCGUAGGUUUCGCUACUUGGUUCCUCGUCUACCCGGUCUGGUAUCACUCGAAUCUCCAGGUCCUUCAUCUCGUGGGCUCUAGACCAUUCUUCCCAACCCUCGCCUCGUUUGUGGCCUUCUCCGCAGCCUCGCCAGUUUCUCCCCCCAUCAUUGCCGGCCCGCUUUUUUCCCUUGCAACCGGCAAAUCCCUUCUCUACCAGGCGGCAACUUCCUACUUCCUCCAGUCCUUCGUAACCCAGACGAUUUCGUUGAAGCUACAAAACUACUUCUACCACCGUCUUAUGUCGAUAAUUCCGGAUCCAACCCAUGGCAAAAAGCCCACUGCGUUCCAGGGCAUCAACAAUGACCGGAUGUCUAUCGACAUCGAGAUGAGCUUUGAGGCAGUAGGGCCAUCGGCACUCACGAUUGAGGACAUGGCGAACUCCUCACACGCGGGGGGCUACACAGCCACCAUCCCCUUCGACCCAGUAACCGGCGACAUCAUCACGCCGUCACCCGAGGUAACGACUGAUCCCUUGGAGCUCGACGAAACCGACAGCGAAGCGUCGCGGCCGCCGUCGCCGCAUCCGGGCCCACCCCGCCGCGCGUCAUCCCUCGCACAGCACCAACAGCAAGAAGCAGAAGAAGAAGAAGCGGAGAACGAGCGUCGCCGUCAAGAAUGGCACAAUUACCAUGCCAACACAAACCGCAUCCAGCACCGCAUCACCACGCUCUCCGGCCACCCGGCCGAUAUCGCCGCCUCCCACGCUACCGAGUGCAUCACCACGGCGAUAAUGCUCGUAACUGAGUCGGUGAUGCUAAGGACUCUGGCUAGGGGUGUACUGGCGGCCCGCGGCCUGCACGGUUUCGUCUACCCACCGCUGCAGCUCUUUGGCGCAGGCCAGGGAUUGAUCGCGAAAGCCCUCGUGGCGGGUGAGUGGGCGGCCAUGUGGUUUCUCUUUGAGGUUAGUUGGAUCACUUCGACGGCCGUAGGCGUGAGGUGGUUUGGGUAUGCUAGGGCUUGGUAGGGUUGGUAGUAAUGGUAAUUGACAUUUGAUACUGGAGUUUGGAGUUUCUGGAGGGGGGUGAUUAAGAAUACCUACCUCACUUUUUGUUUUUUUGUUUUGGCAAUCCUACUUGUGUACCAGUUGUUACUGUUUUGUGAACAUGUCGUGGGAGAGGAUGCAGUGUACUUACAAUACACUGUAAAGUCGACGCGAAUACUAUUGGAUUAUUGACGACCGAGAAGUAGCGGGAAGCGUCAAGCUACUCUACUACCUACCGGUUCAAGAAGUUGAAGGGCAAACUGAUAAGAGAAGGUUGCAUGAGUAAGGGAAUAAUUGGAGACGGAGGGGGAAACGGAGGAGUCUCCAGGAGAGUAGAACACGGGGAUCACGAUGCCGCUCUGGACCUCUGGUCGCGCGAAUGUCCCAGUUUUGGGGGAUAGGAAUUGCGGUGUCCUGUAUGCUUAUCCUGACUCCUGUGCGCAGUGUGUACCUACUGGCGG